GAUUCAUUGCUUGAGAUAAAGCCUGAUAAAAGAUAAAGAGUUUGCUUUUUUGCCCGAAUUGCCAAUCAUCAUUCUCUGAAAGAUUUUAGAAGUUAUUAGUUUCUUUCCGAUCUACAUCGAUUAGAGAAGAAACAAUAAGCACAAAAAGUUUAUCAUUAUGAUCGACUCAACUGAAACACAACUCUUCAAGAGUAAAAUAUCAAUUCUCACAAUACCCAGGGAGAACUUUUGGAUAUUUAAAUCUGGAACAUUGGAAAUAUUGUAUCGAUUGGUUGAUGCCUACGAAAACAGAGCUAACUCGCAAUACUCAGAUAAUGAUCAAGGAUAUCAACUAUCAAAUUCUGCACAUAUGAUCAACGAAGAAGAGAGUGAAAGUUUAGACAAUGGAGACAUUAACUCGGAGAUUGAAGACGAUGGUCUUUUCUUUCACUUAGCAUUUACUAGAGAAGAAGUUACGAUAAUGUGUAGCACGAAAUUGAUGAAAAGAUACCUAAGUAAAGCAAUGAAGAUGGACCCUGAAUCCACGCUGAUAAGUGAUGAAUUUUUCAUCAUGCAAGUUUUCAGCGAUGGAUCUAACAUCGGUAAGAAGAUACUCGAACUAACACAGCCCUUAUCGUUGAACAAUAUAUCUCUAUUUUUCAUUUCGAACUAUUUCUCUGAUCUUGUGUUGGUGCCCAUAAAGGAUAAGGUGAAGGCUCUAAAAAUUCUUGAAGAAACUCAGAAUGGACUCGAUGAAACUAGAGCCAAUUCAUAUAGUAAUGAUUUGGAGUUAAAAACAUUUGAGCUAUUUGAGAAUAACAACAUCAAACCUAAACUCGGCACAGACAUACAGCUUUUAUUGACAGGAGCAAGAAGCGGUGACUAUGCUGAAGUACUUAAACAAACGGCAGAAUCUGUUUCCCGACUGAACACGGAGAACCUCAAAAGCGGCGGCAAAUCGUUUCCCGAAUAUUUUGCGAUCACGAGAACACCAACUGAGGAGAUUGGCUUGUUGUUACCGUAUGACAACACUGAGCUGAACAAGCUGAAGUUUUCCAAAAACAAUAUAAUGGGAUCAUUACAGGAUUAUUACUAUCCAAUAUUUAUAGAUUUGAAAAAGUUACCACUGGAUUUAAAGGGUAUAGUGGCGGGCAUGGCAUCGAAGUUGUUGAGAAUGGACAUCGACGAGAUGAGUUAUCUAUCUCUAGGUAAAUCUGGUAAAGCACGGCGACAACACCGCUCGCCCUCCUGUCUCUUAAGGCCGCAGCCUAUCUCGUCGAAGUUCGAAUCCUACGUGCCGAAAUACUACGAUGUGGGGGUCAAUAUAACAGAUUCGAUGUUCAGCGGGAGCUAUCACGGUCGGCAACAUCACAGAAAUGACACGCUGGAUGUCUUGAAGAAGGCCGCUCGACAUCAUGUAGUGGAUAUCUUGCUGACAGGCUCAUCUCUCGACGAAUCCAAGCGUACCAUCGAAAUCAUCAAUUCGCUAAAACAGCAAGUGACAAAUGACAAGACUUUGAAACUUCCAAACUUGUAUUCGACCGUCGGGGUCCAUCCGUGUACAGUGUUGGAAUUUGAGAGCGCAGGCUCGGUAGAGCAGCAUUUACAAGAUCUGGAGAAUCUGGUCAGCGAGGGCAUUGAAGCCGAUGUUGUCCGGGCAUUUGGCGAGAUUGGCCUAGAUUAUGAUCGUCUGCACUACACGCCGAUGGAAAAACAACUAGUCUACUUCGAAAAACAACUACGGCUGGCGGCUAAGUUUGACUUACCAUUGUUUUUGCACAUGAGGUCAGCCUGUGAUGAUUUCAUCAGGACGUUAAAGCCUUUUCUCGAUAACAAUCUCUUGAAGAACAAAAACUUGUUGGUUCAUUCAUUCACCGGUGAUAAAAUGCAGCUAGAGCAACUACUCCAGCUGGAGAAGUCGAAUCCACAUGGCUACAAAGUAUUUAUUAGCAUCAAUGGGGCAGGUUUGCGAGAUACCUCGACCCUUGAGGUACUACCUUUGAUUCCAUUGGACAGAUUGAUGAUAGAGACAGAUUCCCCAUGGUGUGAGAUAAAGAAAACACACCCCUCUUGGAAAUAUCUCUCCACCUCCCCCAAUUCAUUUUAUCCUUGUGAUUAUGAGAAUUACGAAACUGUGAUGCAAAGUCCCGAAGUUCAGGGGUUGAUGAAAAACUCUGCUAAAAACAAGAAAAAUUCAAACAAUACAAAUUUGACCCUGUUUGACUUUUUGCCCAUACCAACCGUCAAGAGUGACAAGUUUGAUAAAUUUAAGUAUAGUCACAUUUUUGAAGAUUCCCCCCUCAUCAAAUCAAGAAACGAACCUUGUUUAAUAGGUUUAGUGGCCUUGGUGAUCUCCAAGGUGAGGACGGAGGAUCCUCAAAAGAUCAUAGAUUCUGCAUAUCGCAAUAGCAAGCAGGUUUUUGGCUAG